UUUUUCAACCUGACGUUAUUGUAAUCCAUUUUGGGUCGGCGCAAUAUUUUUAAACAUGUUGCAGAAAGGAUUUUACUUCGUUUUUACGAAUGACCACUUUUCCAGGAUUCAGGAUCCAGGCCCGGACAAAUUGUGUUAGAAAAAAACAACACUAUUGCCCGACCUGGGAUUCGAAUCCGGGAUCACUUGGUAAACAGGCUAUGUGAAACUACUUCAAACUAUUUUAAUUUCUACUUCAAACUUCACAUUUAUUUUAAAUGAAUUUAUUUCACUUUUUCACUAUAUGUGUAUAUAUCAAAAUAUAAUUUUCUUUUGUUACCUAUAUUAUGCCAAUAAAUUAUUUAUGAAUAAUGUUUUUUUAUUCAAGGUACAACCGCAAAAUGAAACAGCGUAUUCACGAGCCAAUCCCAAAAAAUGUAAACAAAUAUCAAUGAAAUUAAGAAAGAAAUCAUAUGAGAAAAGCACAACGACCCCGGCGCUCACGGUGGGCGGCAAGGUCGCCACGCCGCGCCCCUUCACUCCGGAUCAGCAGAACGCAGCGCAGAAAACGUCCAUCAUAAUGAGCAUGGUGGAGGACAACAGCGGCAACCAGACGAUGAAGUGCGUCGGCACGUACACUGCUCAGAAGCCGCCGCCGCCGGUUCCCGCCGCCUCCACGCCGCAGGUCGCCUCCAUUAUCCUCAACAAACAGUUGAUGUCGGAGGAAGCGAACGGCAACAAGAAAGUGGUGACGUCAGGCGGGUACCUGAUCGUCGGCGCAGGCGUCAACGCGGGAGUCACCGCCGCCGCCUCGCGCCGCAUGCACACCAUCCAGUACUACACAUGAACCGAUAUACAACCGUAAUACCGUACAGCAAACCAGUGCAGCUGCACUGUCUGUAACAAAACGGAUAUUUUAAAUCACUCACACUCCGGAGUAAUACUUCGUUACAUUAAAUAUUAGACAUGUUCAAAUCAAAAUCCUUUGUAUACAAUGGAUUACUGGAUAUCACAUUCACCUAUAAAUUUUUGCUUACAUGAAAAUUACAAUAUUAUAUCUUUAUUUGGACCUUCUAUGAUCUUUUGUUACAAUACUACAAUACUCUUUUGAUUUGUUAAAAUGAUAUAAAGCAAAUAGAUGUCAAAGAAAUACCUAUCUAAAUUAACUGUCCAGUACAUUAUUAUUUUGUUUCUGCUCGUGCAACAGCAAUUUUAUAUUAUAGCUGAUUUAUUAACCGCACAUCAUGUGCACCUGAGGUACGAAAUAUUAUUCGUGUUUACACUACAAAAAUGUUAAUACUGAUCAUUAUGUUUGGCAUUCAGAAAGCCACAGUAUAGAAAAUCAUAGUUUUCAAUACAAUUUAGUUUAUAACUGUUCCAGAUUAGUGCCAGUCAGUCAAUAACUACAUAAAAACUCCUACAUUCUAUCUGUAGCCUGUGCUAUGACGAAAUGGUGAUCCAUGUUGUUAUUAUUAAAUUCCAUUGCCAAAUUAUGAAAAAAUCGGAAGCAAUUUAGAGUUCCAUAGAAAUCGUCCUUAAAUUUAGAUAUUAGGUAUUUUAUAUUGCCAACUAAAGAUACGAAUACUUUCUGCUGUGAAAUUCACAGUUGUAAGUGAAAACGAAAAAUUGUGAUUGUGUUAUAGAGGUUUAAUGUCGUAUAAAAUAAUGUAAAUCUGAAACUCAUUAAUGUGAAGCAAUGCCUUUUAACGCAUCUAUUUGCGAAUAGUCAGUUUUAUUGUAUACUUACAAUAUUUUUGUUCCAUUUUUAUUUCAAGGAAGCUAGAAGUUUUUGACGCUUAAAUUUACAAAACUUAGAUGUUUGAUGUUGUACAUAGUGUAAAAUUUUAUAAGAAACUAAUUUCGGGUAGCGUAGUGACAUGCAUACGAGAUUGUGACAGACAUUAUCUAUUGUGUAUAUUUUCCGCAUCGAUGUUCGUCGCUCCGCUCUUAUUGUAUUUUCAUAUUACUGUGCAACUGUCUUGAAAAAUUUGUUCGUAUUCUCGUUUUAGUUUUUUUUAGCCGUGGCUCUCUAUGAAUGUUUAUAUUGUGAUUAUAAAUCAGUCAUUACGUACUGUACGCAUGUCAAUUCUGCAUGUUCAUUAUACCAUACUGCCUUCUUGUGAUUAUAUCCACAUCACCUAGGACCAAUAUUAAUCACGGAAUUGCUGGACAUUUAAUAUAGUCUCAAAUAAUGGGAAUAUAUUAUACUUCAGGCAUAACUUCAUCCGUGUUAUGUGUUAAUUGUUUAGAUGUAUGGGCGCGGUAACUUGGUAAUUGAAAUAAUAAAAUACAAUCUUUUGUAGCUUAUUUGAGCUACGAAUUCGACUAAACUGGUCUCGGUUCUCAGGUCAAGCAAUCAAGAGAUCUGUUUUGUGAGUUAACACACCAAUAUUUUGCUUGAGUUCGCAAUUCGUAACUUAUGGAGACAGGACACACCUAUUACAUAAUGUGUGAUAAAAAUUCUCUUGAGCAGACACGUUCGAUACAUGUUUGCUCACAGAUGGCCUUAUAGCUGAAACUACCUAAACGUUUUUUGAUACAUUUGUACUGUAUUAUAUAAUUUAUCAGGUGUCGAGUCGACGUGUUCGCUUUACAUUGAUGUCAGUGUAUAUAAACUAGUUCGUUUAAUAAUACACUUUUAUACAGAAAGCCAGGUCCGUUUACUUUUAGCUUACUUAGUACAUAGUUUAAUGGUGAUUAACUUUUGUAUGGCAUCCAUUGUUGCAUCCAGAAUUGUUCUUUUGUAUUACAGAUCAUUGUAAUACAAACAUGUACCGUAAUAUUUUAUGUUCCUAGCGUGCAGCUCAUUGAAUAAUGAAUAAUAGCUAUUCUCUGAUAUUAACUAGAUAGUAUUUGUAGCAGUGGUAAUUUGUCGUAUAUUAGUUGAGUGGCGACGUAUGUUGCGGGCAUUCAUGUUCAGAUGGACUCAUUUUUUUCAAAUAACGUAAAUAUUAAGUACUGUACAUAGAAUCUUAAUGUACCUACCGAGUCUGAUUUUAUUUUGACUCUUAUUUUUGAGUAACAAAACUCGGUAGAUUAAAUAAAGUCAAAUGUGCUCAAUUUUAGGCGUCCCGUAUGUAAAAAAAAACGCAAUACACGAUAAAAUAAGUUAUUUUCAAAUACGCCUCGAAAUGGUAAUAUUUUUUAUUGGGCUGUUGAUAACAUAUAAUCACUAUAUAGUCCACUGAAAUAAUAAGUAAAAAAUGUUACAAUUUCUAUUUUUGGGUACCAUUUUUAUUGAACGAACGGAUCUAACUUUAUGCAAAUUCAUAAGGAGAAACAUACAAGGAAUUUCUAUAACAGAUCAUGCAUGUGACUUUAUUAUUAGUAGUCAGAUUAUUUAUUUCUUGGUGUAUGUAUAUUGUAUACUUCUCCUGGUGAGCGUUCUUAUUAGAUCUGUGGGUAAUAACUUCACUUUUCUAUGUUCAUAAAUCAUACUUACUAUAUUUUAAGACUGCUAAGUUUAAGUCCUCGAAAUAUAACAUAUUCAUUGUAUAAAAAAAUUGUAACGGGAUGUUACGUUUUAUUUAAUUGUAAAUUUGCGUCGAGUUUCGCUAUGAAUGAGGGUGGACCCUUAUGGUUGUAUAUUUUAUCUUAGUUGUUGUAAUUUGCAUUUGCUAUGUAAUGGUAAACAAAAGUUAAAAAUCUGUCUUGGGACAGUGUUGAUUUUAUACUUUAAUUUGCUAAGUCAAUAAGUUACAUAUAACACAAAACCUAAACUUUUGUUAUUCAUACAUAAAAUAUGUCUUUCUUAACGGUUUAUCCAUUUUAAAACUCGUUUUAUCUAUUGGGCAGCACUUGACUAUGAUUGUAAGUGGAGACAGUAUUUGAUUUUGUAAAUAAUCUAGUUUACAUUGAUUAAAAAAGCUUGUAGUAUGUAAGUCAUGUUUCAAUAAAGACAAAUGAAACAAUUCUUUAGAUGAAUUUA